GUCAACAAUCCCCCGUCUUGACAUUUUGACAAACAGUGAACACAUCCUUUCCUGUCCAUCAUCCUGUACUUUCUGCCACUGGAGUCAGACUCUUCGACAUGUUGAAGGCCUGAUAAGUGUUGGUUUUGUACGUACAGAAGUCAGGAGGUCAGCAGGUUCCUAAGUGGCCAUGUUGGACUCUCACGGUCCCAUGUGACCUCGGCCUCCACCAAUCAGCCUUUACACGUCUCCUGACCAAAGUAGCUUUUUCAACUCCAUCAGGAGCCAGUUUGUUCUGUGCUGCCAUCACUGAUCAGCCAAUCAUGGCCGAGUCCAGCUCGGAGCUCGAAUUGCCUCGUGCCACUGAGAGUGUCUCCAAAGAACUCAUUGUUACCACGGUGAUCGAAGGGUCAGAGGUCAGAGCCGAGGUCCCGAGCAGCAAUGGGACCGCUGAAGGUCCACUUUCUGCCAAAGUCAUGAAGGAGGAGGAAGAAGUUACGUCCACAGCGCCAGAAUCAACGCCGCCAUCUGAAAGUACAACAAUGAGUGGAGUCACCAUAGAAGAAGAGUCUCUGACAGCUCUACUCAGCCACAUCCGGACUGGAUCAGGAGCCAGAUCAGGAGAACCAGCAGGCAUGGAUUUGGACCUGGAGGAGAGUUCCUCUGUGGCAACAGCUGGUGGUUCAGAUGACCAGAGGGAAUCCACCGACUCCGCCUCCUUCUCCAUCCCCAGUCUGGAGCUGUCGGAUGGAGUCACGGCCACAGGAAACUCCCUGGACGUGGAGGACGGUUUGUCCUCAUCAUACUCUGCUCUGGGAGCAGAGGGCGGUUCUCCGUCCACAGAGGUCCCCAGUCUGAAGGACGAAGAGGCUGCAGAGGCCAAAGGGGGCACUGCUGCAGCUGCUGCCCCUGCCGCCGCCUCGUCUUCUACAACUUCUUCUGCUGCGGCUGCAGAGUCUGGGCCGUCCAUGCCGGCGUAUUACCUGGUGAAGUGGAUCACCUGGAAGGAGAAGAAGACGCCCAUCAUCACUCAGAGUGAGAAUGGACCCUGCCCCCUGCUGGCCAUCAUGAACACACUGUUCCUGCGAUGGAAGGCGAAACUUCCUGCUCAGACUGAAGUCGUCACCACUGAGGACCUGAUGGCUCACCUGGGAGAAUGUGUGCUAUCUGUUACGCCCAGAGAAAAGGCUGAUGGGAUGGAGCUCAACUUCCAACAGAACAUGAGCGAUGCCAUGGCGGUGCUCCCGAAGCUCUCCACCGGUUUGGACGUCAACGUACGAUUCACCGGAGUGACAGACUUUGAGUACACACCUGAAUGCAUCGUGUUCGACCUGCUGGACAUCCCGCUGUACCAUGGCUGGCUGGUUGACCCGCAGAGCCCAGAGAUGGUGGCCGCUGUGGGAAAACUGAGUUACAACCAACUAGUGGAGAAAAUCAUCGACUACAAGCACUCUGCAGACAGCAGCCGAGUCAGUGAAGGUCUGGUGGCAGAGCAGUUCCUGGAGUCGACGGCGACUCAGCUUUCGUAUCACGGACUCUGUGAACUCAACACGACGGCCAAAGAGGGAGAGAUCUCUGUGUUCUUCAGAAACAACCACUUCAGUACCAUGAUCAAACACAAGGGUCACCUGUACCUGCUGGUCACGGAUCAGGGCUUCCUGCAGGAGGAGGGUUUGGUCUGGGAGUCGCUGCACAACGUUGAGGGUGACGGAAACUUCUGUGACUCUGACUUCAGAUUGUGUCAUCCACCGCAGAGAGCGCCGCCCAUCUCCGACCUGCCGCCAACCAAUCAGGAGCAGCAGAGACAGAUCGACCAGGAUUACCUGGUGGCAGUGUCGCUUCAGCAGCAGCAGGGUGGGGCCCCAGGGCCCCUCAGUGAUCUGGAACUGGCCCGACAGCUGCAGCAGGAGGAGUACCAACAACAACAACAACAGCAGCAACAGCAGCAGCAGCAGCAAGGAGCCAUGCAGGCAGUACAACAGGUCAGAGGUCAGGGGUCACAGCAGGGCGGGGCCAGAAGAAGAGACAAGGACUCAGACUGUGUCCUGUUAUAGCCUCUUCAUCGUCGAUGUCGUCAUCAUCACUGACCAGCAACCACUGACCUCCUGAGUCCAAAUGUCCAGUGUGUCUGCAGAGGGUGGCCACACACACACACACACACACACACACACACACACACACACACACAAACACAGCUCAAUGCCAAACCCAGUGCUUUGUCUCACAGGUGAUGAACUCCUGUAACCUCUGACACGUUUGUACAUUUUUAAGACGUUCAGUUCCGGUGGAGUCUGGUCAAAACUCCACCUUUAUGAAAGGUUAACGAGGUGUUGGUAAAGGCUUUACUGAUGAUCAAUAAGUGGCAUUAUUGAUCAGGUGAGUGGCGUGGGUCAGAGUCUCAGUCUGAAGGUUUGUCACCGUUUAAUUCACUGUAAUCUUCACUCCACAUGUCCAUACGUCAUUAAUAUCAGUGCUGACUCAUGUCUGUGGGGUCAAACGGUCCUGCUCAAGGUCAAAGGUCAACUAAACACCUGCCACGACCUGGCAACUCACACGUGUUCUUAUUAAUGACUGAUAAAUGAUGUAUUAACUGCUGAUGAACAUUUUUAAAGAUUGAUUUGUUAGAAUGUGGCACCACAACACAAAUAAUUCUGUAUUUUAUUGACCUGAAAGAUGACGUAUCAGAGCUGCAACAUGUGAUUAUUCGAUGUUUGAUCUGUGUUUUCCAGACUUAUUAAGAUGCGUUUAGAGAAUACUUAGAGCCUGAGCACAAACAGCACAGUGAAGGCCUUCACUAAACUGUACACUAAUAAAUUCGGGAUGUAAACAUGUUGAAAAAUUGUUUAUUUUAUAGGUGUUUAGCAUCGGUCAGCUCCCACAUUACAUUUGCUUUAGAUGUACCAGAUUUAGAUGCAUACAUAUCCUGUCCUAAACUCAACAGAAAGUCGGCCAUUUUUGUUUAAAUAUGCAAUUGUUUUCCCCAUUUCAAAAUGUUGUACUAUUGAGACAGAAAGUACUUCUUAAGUCUUUUGUACAAUGUGUGAAACGAGUCACCACUCAAACCAAUUAUCGAUCAACAACUAAUCGUUUAAUCUGUGAAUCUGUCGUUGCAGCUCUGGUAGUAUGUUUCAGGUCCCUAAAGUGAAUCUUGUCAAAAAAAAAUGAAAUGUUUGAAGCAGAAAUGUCUGAAUUUGUUCUGAAGUGGAGACUAAAAGCAAAGAAAAUCCACUUUUCUGAUGAUUAAGUGUCAUAAUCUUUGUUUUUUUUCCACUCCACUUCUUGUUACCAUCUGAAACUAAACUGUAAGCCAAACUUCAGCCAAUAUGUCAACACUCUGCUUUUUGUUCCUAUGAACUAUGAAGUCCAGUUGUGUCUGUCCUGUGAUGCAGAUUUUAACCGUUAACAUCUGGUUUUUCGCUCUCGGUGCUGAGAUGAGUCGUGUAUUUACCUCCUGAAACUCAGCGCAGCACGGUAUCAACAGCAUUUUACAAAAACGGCUCCUGUAACACAUGGAAAUGGAUCAGUAUUUCACCACUGAACACAGAUAAUGGGGAUGGUUUCUCUAUAUUUAAUGGCUUUGCUGAACAUUUGAUUCAACGAUCCGAUAUUUAUGAGCAACAGUCCUGAUCAUAGACUCUGAAGAUAAUUGUAAAUCAGUAAAAUCACUUUGGAAUCAGUACUUUCGAGGUAAAAAGUAGGAACAUGUGCAGCCACCUGGUCAUUAAGGUGAAAUAAACUCGGGACCGACUGUUAAUUUCACAUCAAUGACUUCCUAUUUAUCUGUCCAAAACCAACAGCAGAACUUGCGUCUACACAAGCCCAUAUCUGUUAGAAAAAAGAAAUCCACAGCAAAAUCAUUCGACAGUUUAUUCCAAAUUCUUACUUUUGAUUUUGAUUUUUUCCCAGUAAAUUACUCCAUUUCUUUCAUACAAACAAAAACAAUGUAAAAGAUCCAACCAAACAUGAAGAAAUAAGAUGGAAAUGACAUAAAAUUACAAGACAAAAAAUUGUCUUACAUAAUUUAAUGAUAGUUUGUUUAAUUUUAUUUGCUACUUGACUUUUAUUUAAAUUCAGUAAAAGACGCAACAUGAGGAAAACAUGACGACAGAAAAUGAGUAAAAUACACAACAAGAAAAUAAUGAAACAAUACAAGAAUUCAGUAAAAUAGACAGAGAUGACGAAAAUGAUCUAAAAAGACAAAUGGUAAGUAAAAUGGGCUACAAAAAUUACAAGACAAAAAAAUUCAGUUGAAGAUGCAACACAAGACACAAAAAAAUGAGUAAGAUGAAAUUUAUGUAACUGAAAAUUUUUGUACAAUACACAAAAAGACGCCAAAAACGACCUAACAAGACAUAAUAAGUGCAGAAUGCAUCAAAGAUUAAGUAACAAGAUAAAAAAAAAAUCCAAAAAAUGUGCAACAAGACAAAAAUGGGGUAAAACAAAAAAAGAUGAAAAUAAUUUAACGAUACAAAAACGUUAUAAGACAAAUAUUCACUAAAAUACACAAAUAUGAAAAUAAUCUCACAACAAUAGAAGGAAAAUGUGCAAAAAAAUUAAACAUGCAACAAGAUGAAAAUGAUCUAACAAGACAAAAAA